AUGACUGCUCAGAUUCCGUAUCAACAUAGCUCAGGAUACAUUUCUCACUUUCAUAAUAAUGAGCUCGAUGCAGGUAGUGGACGAGAUUAUAAUGUUACAAUUAAAUAUAUAGAUGAUAAAGAAGAAAAGGAAGAAAGUCAAGCAACAAAUAGUAGUCAUAACUCUAGUCUGCACAUUCCUAUUUUAUUGUGUUUGGUAAUCUCACUCGGUGGCUUUAUCUUUGGAUGGGAUAUUGGGACUAUCGGUGGAAUGACAAAUAUGGUUAGCUUUCAAGAAAAAUUUGGAACAACUGAUAUUACCAAUCAUGAUGAAACUAUUUUAAUAUCUACAAAACAACUGACUGAUUUGCAAAUAGGUCUGAUUAUAAGCAUUUUUAACAUCAGUUGCGGUGUGGGGGCACUGACUUUAUCAAAAAUAGGUGACUGGGUCGGCAGGAAAGCUGGUAUAUGGUUUGCCUUGGUAGUAUACUGCAUUGGUUUAACAAUUCAGAUACUUUCUUGUGGUAAGUGGUAUUUUUUGACUUUGGGAAGAGCUGUAACAGGUAUUGGAGUGGGCAUAAGUACUGUAUUGGUGCCAAUGUUUCUUUCCGAGAAUUCUCCGCUGAAAAUAAGAGGUUCAAUGGUCUCAAUGUAUCAACUGAUUGUAACGCUCGGUAUACUAAUGGGUAAUAUUUUAAACUUCAUAUGUGAGAGAUGCUACAAAGAUCCAACCCAAAAUUUAGCUUGGAAGUUACCUUUAUUCCUAGGGUAUAUUUGGGCCAUCGUAAUUGGAAUGUCACUUGUUUAUGUUCCUGAAUCAGCACAGUACUUGGCAAAAAUCAAGAAUGAUGUGCCUUCCGCGAAACGUUCUUUUGCUAGAAUGAAUGGCAUUCCUAUAACUGAUAGCACAGUAAUUGAAUUUAUCGAUGACUUGAUGGAAAACAACUAUAAUAAAGAGGAAAGUGGAAACGAAUCAAAAAAUAAAACUUUAAUUAAAAGAAAGGCCUUUGAAUUUAUGAUGGGAAAACCAAAGCUAUGGUUGAGACUAGUUAUCGGUAUGUUGAUAAUGGCAUUUCAACAGCUGUCUGGAAUAAAUUACUUUUUUUAUUAUGGAACAUCUGUUUUCAAAGGUGUAGGGAUCAAGGAUCCUUAUAUCACUUCAAUAAUAUUGUCAAGUGUCAACUUUCUUUCCACGAUACUAGGAAUCUAUUACGUGGAGAAAUGGGGUCGCAAGACGUGCCUAUUGUAUGGCUCAACAAAUUUAUUGUUCUACAUGAUGACAUAUGCUACAGUGGGAACCUUUGGAAGAGAAACGGACUUCUCAAACAUUGUUUUGAUUAUUGUGACUUGUUGUUUUAUUUUUUGGUUCGCAAUAACAUUGGGACCUGUUACGUUUGUGUUAGUUUCCGAAUUGUUUCCCUUAAGAACUAGGGCCAUCUCAAUGGCUAUUUGCACAUUUGUCAAUUGGAUGUUUAAUUUCUUGAUUUCAUUCUUAACACCUAUGAUUGUAUCCAAGAUCGACUUCAAACUAGGGUAUAUAUUUGCCGCUUGCCUUUUAGCAUUAAUUAUAUUCAGCUGGAUACUAGUACCUGAAACGAGAAAGAAGAAUGAGCAAGAGAUCAAUAAGAUAUUCGAACCAGAGUAG